AUGUGUUUCACAUUUCUGACUGGUUGUUUUGGCGCAAUCAAUACUUCUACAAGAUACAUUGAUUUAGAUGGCGAUUAUAAUACAGUCAUGCACACGGAGUAUUGCCUUCGGGUUGCAUGCCAAGUGAGCACAAACCACCAGGUCCUUGCCUCUUAUGAGCAAGAGAAGCCAGUAUCCCCCAAACUUCAGCACCGGAGCAACAGGAAUAUAAGUUCCCACUUAACCAAAGAAAGCCCAGCCUCACAGUGGGCUGGGAAGGAUGAUGAUGAAAACGUGCGUUCGGAUCUGAAGGCAGUCAGGGAGGAUAUAAUGAUUGGAAGAGAGGUCGGAGGAGAGAUUAUGGCACGGAGGAAUAGCUGGAGAAAACAAAUGAUAAAGUUCAACUUAUGUUUCUUUUUCUUCUGUCGUGGAUGGUGGGCGUUUCUCUUGCUUCAGCUCCACAUGUUUCAAGCACUGGCACAAGUUGGUGAUUCACAGUUCAGUUCAACUAAAUUGGAUGAUGUUGCACCAUAUUUCAAGACUGAACCAGGUUUACCCCAGAUUCAUCUGGAAGGGAAUCGCCUUGUACUCACUUGCCUUGCUGAAGGGAGCUGGCCAUUGGAAUUCAAGUGGAUAUGUAAUGAUAAUGAGAUCACCACCUAUACCAGCGAAUAUAAGUACAUUAUUCCAUCUUUAGAGAGGACUGAUGCUGGGUUUUACCGAUGUGUGGUACGCAACAGGAUGGGAGCACUCUUGCAGAGAAAAUCUGAAGUUCAAGUUGCAUAUAUGGGAAAUUUCAUGGAUGCAGACCAGAGAAAAGCUGUAUUUCAAGGCCAUGCUGCAGUUCUAAACUUGCCUCACAUCAUAAGCUAUCCCAGACCACAAGUGACUUGGUUUAGAGAUGGGCACAAGAUUAUUCCAAGCAGCAGAAUAGCCAUAACCCUGGAGAAUCAACUAGUGAUCUUGGCAACAACUUCAAGCGAUACGGGAGGUUACUACGUCCAGGCUGUCAAUGAAAAAAAUGGAGAAAAUAAGACAAGCCCAUUCACUUAUUUGAGCAUAGAAAGUAAUAGGCUAGUUUGUCUGGAAUGUAGAAAGGAUUUAAAUGAAAAGAUAAACAAAAGUGAUAUUGAUACACCUGAUAUCUUGGCUCCUGUCAUUGUCAUCCCUCCAGGCAAUACAAGUGUAGUGGCAGGAACCAGUGAAGUCACAUUGGAAUGCAUAGCCAAUGCAAGACCUAUUGAAGAAUUGAGCAUGACUUGGAAGAGAAAUGGAGUAAAAAUUACUAAUGGACUCCACAGUUUGGGAAGACGGCUUACUAUCACCAACCCAACGUCCUCUGACAUUGGAAUGUACAUCUGUGAGGCUGAAUUAAGAGGAACUGACUUUGAGCCAGCAAGAACAAAAGCCUUUCUUUCUAUCAUAGAGCCUCCCUAUUUUACUGCUGAACCUGAGAGUAGAAUUCUAGCCCAAGUGGAAAAAACCGUGGAUAUCUUGUGUCAAGCAAUGGGAGUGCCAGUCCCUAAUCUUGAAUGGUAUAAAGACUCUGUCCCCAUCAGCAAGCUCCGGAAUUCUCGUUAUAAAUUGCUAGUGAGCGGAGGUCUGCGAAUCCAGAAGCUACAUCCCAAUGACUCUGGGAUCUUUCAGUGCUUUGCAAAAAAUGAAGGUGGGGAAAUAGAAACACACACCUACCUGGAUGUAACUAAUAUUGCCCCAACAUUUACUCGGCGUCCAGUGGAUACCACCGUUACAGAUGGAAUGACAGCAGUGCUCACCUGUGAAGUUUCAGGAGCUCCAAAACCUGCUAUCACAUGGAGAAGAGGGAAACAGAUUUUGGCCAGUGGCUCUGUUCAGAUUCCUAGAUUUAUCCUUCUUGAGUCUGGAGGCCUGCAGAUAACCCCAGUCUUUCUCCAGGAUGCUGGCAACUACACCUGCUAUGCAGUCAACUCUGAAGGAUCUCUAAAUGCAUUCGCCAUGCUGACUGUGUGGAAUCGUACUUUUAUUGUCUACCCUCCUGAGGACCGAAUCGUUAUUAAGGGAACUACAGCCACCCUGCACUGUGGAGCAAUUCAUGAUCCUAGAAUUCCUAUCAGAUAUGUUUGGAAGAAGGACAACAUCAUCAUAAAUCCAGCUACAAGUUCUAGAGUUGUGGUAGAAAAAGACGGUUCCCUUCUCAUUAGUCAGACGUGGUCAGGUGACAUUGGUGACUACACCUGCGAGGUUAUUUCUGAUGGAGGGAAUGAUUCAAGAAUGGCUCGAUUGGAAGUGAUUGAACUGCCUCAUUCACCUCAAAACCUCCUGGCUAGCCUGAAUUCUUCCCACAGCCGCACCGUGGUGCUCUCCUGGGUUCGGCCCUUUGAUGGAAACAGUCCUGUGCUUUAUUACAUUGUGGAGCUGUCUGAGAACAAUUCUCCAUGGAAGGUGCAUUUAUCUAAUGUUGAUCCAGAGAUGACUAGUGUCUCCGUCAGUGGCCUCACUCCAGCUCGUACCUACCAGUUCAGAGUAUGUGCUGUCAAUCAGGUGGGCAAGGGCCAACACAGUGCUGAAACAAGCAGACUGAUGUUACCCGAAGAACCUCCUAGUGCCCCACCUAAAAAUAUUGUGGCCAGUGGGCGCACCAAUCAAUCCAUCAUGGUCCAGUGGCAGCCACCCCCUGAAACUGAACAUAAUGGUGUUCUCCAUGGCUAUAUCCUCAGGUAUCGCUUGGCAGGCCUACCUGGUGAAUACCAGCACAGGAACAUUACCAGCCCAGAGAUUAACUAUUGCUUGGUGAAAGACCUGAUCAUCUGGACCCAAUAUGAAAUUCAAGUGGCAGCUUAUAAUGGAGCUGGUCUGGGAACGUUCAGCAGAGAAGUGACAGAAUAUACAUUACAAGGAGUCCCCACCGCUCCCCCUCAGAAUGUGCAAACAGAAGCCCUCAACUCCACCACUAUCCAGUUCCUAUGGAACCCUCCUCCUCAGCAGUUCAUCAACGGCAUCAACCAGGGAUACAAGCUCUUAGCAUGGCCAGUGGAUGUUCCAGAAGCUCUGAUCACUGUCACCAUUGCGCCUGACUUCCAUGGUAUCCACCAUGGGUAUAUAACUAACUUGAAGAAGUUUACUGCUUACUACACAUCAGUUCUAUGUUUCACCACACCAGGGGAUGGCCCUCGGAGCCCACCCCAACUCAUCUGGACUCAUGAAGACAAGCCUGGAGCUGUGGGACACCUGAGUUUCACUGAGAUUCUGGACACGUCUCUCAAGGUCAGCUGGCAGGAACCUGUGGAGAAAAAUGGCAUUAUUAUAGGUUAUCAGAUUUCCUGGGAAGUAUACAGUAGAAAUGACUCUCGUCUUACACUUACUUUAAAUAAUACAACUCAUGAAUAUAAAAUUAAAGGACUGUCAUCUCUUACCACCUACACUAUUGAAGUGGCAGCUGUCACAGCAACAGGGAUUGGACUGGUGACCUCAUCCACAAUUUCUUCUGGAGUUCCACCAGAACUUCCUGGAGCCCCUUCCAAUCUGGUGAUUUCCAAUAUCAGUCCUCGAUCGGCAACUCUUCAGUUCCGGCCUGGUUAUGAUGGGAAAACCUCUAUCUCCAGAUGGAUAGUAGAGGGACAGAUUGGUGCAAUUGGCGAUGAUGAGGAGUGGAGCUGUCUCUAUGAAGAAGAAAAUGAGCCUGAUGCCCAGAUGUUGGAGAUACCAAACCUCACUCCCUACACUCAUUACAGGUUUAGGAUGAGACAAGUGAACGUUGUUGGCCCCAGCCCUUUCAGUCCGUCAUCUCGUGUGAUCCAGACUUUGCAGGCCCCACCUGAUGCUGCACCUGCAAGUGUAACAGUUCGAACUGCAAGUGAGACUAGCCUCUGGCUCCGAUGGGUGCCACUCCCUGAUUCACAGUAUAAUGGCAAUCCUGAAUCUGUGGGCUAUAGGAUUAAAUACUGGCGAACUGACCUUCAGUCUUCAGUAAUGGUGCAAGUAAUCCACGACAGACUGGAGAGAGAAUACACCAUCGAGGAACUGGAAGAGUGGACUGAAUAUGACCUACAGAUGCAGGCAUUCAAUGCCAUCGGGGCAGGGCCUUGGAGUGAAGUGGUGAGAGGUCGGACUCGUGAGUCUGUUCCAUCAGCUGCUCCUGAAAAUGUGUCUGUUGAGGCCGUAAGCUCCACUCAGAUUUUAUUGACAUGGGCUUCUGUACCUGACCAAGACCAGAAUGGACUCAUACUGGGUUAUAAGAUUCUAUUCAAGGCCAAAAAUUUGGACUCCGAACCCAAAACCCAUGUAGUGAGAGGGAACCACACACAGUCCGUUCUCCUGGCAGGCUUGCGGAAGUACGUGCUCUAUGAGCUCCAGGUGCUGGCAUUCACACGCAUUGGAAAUGGAGUCCCAAGCUCUCCUCCCAUUUUAGAACGAACGAAGGAUGAUGCUCCAGGUCCACCUGUGAGACUUGUGUUUCCUGAAGUGAGGCUGACCUCUGUGAGGAUUGUGUGGCAACCACCAGAGGAACCGAAUGGGAUUAUUCUGGGGUAUCAGAUUGCAUAUCGUCUUGCAACCAGCAGCCCCAACAAGUUCACCACUGUUGAAGUUGGCUCUACUGUCAGACAGUUCACGGCCACAGAUCUAACUCCAGAGUCAGCAUACAUCUUCAGGGCAUCAGCAAAGACAAGACAGGGAUGGGGGGAACCUUUAGAAGCUACAGUCAUCACAACUGAAAAGAGAGACCGCCCAGCACCACCCAGACAUCUUCUGAUUCCUCAGUCAGAAGUGACCUCUAGGAGCCUACAACUCCAGUGGGUCCCUGGCAGUGAUGGGUCAUCACCAAUACGGUAUUUCACAGUGCAGAUCCGAGAACUACCAGGAGGAGAGUGGCAAACGUACUCCUCGUCCAUCAGCCACGAGGCCACAGCUUAUGUUAUUGAAAGAUUGAAUCCCUUCACCUCCUACAAGCUCCGCCUGAAAGCAACCAACGACAUAGGAGACAGUGACUUCAGUGCUGAGACAGAGGCAGUAACUACCUUGCAAGAUGUUCCUGGAGAACCUCCGAGUUGUGUGUCAGUGACGCCUCAUACCACUUCUUCCGUUCUGGUGCAAUGGCAGCCACCAAGGGAUGAGAGUCUGAAUGGCCUUCUUGUGGGAUACCGCAUUUAUUAUCGAGAGCUGGAAUAUGAAGCUGGACCUGGAACAGAAUCCAAGACUGUCAAAAAUCCCUCAGCUCUAAGAGCAGAGCUCACAACCCAAAGCAGCUUCAAGACAGUGAACAGCAGCUCUGCAUUAACAACGUAUGAAUUAACACAUUUGAAGAAAUAUAAACGCUAUGAAGUGAUAAUGACUGCAUAUAAUAUCAUUGGGGAGAGCCCCGCUGGUGCUCCAGUGGAAGUCUUUGUAGGAGAAGCUGCACCAGCAAUGGCUCCACAGAACAUACAAGUGAACCCUCUCACAGCAAGUCAGCUGGAAGUCACAUGGGACCCACCUCCUGUGGAGAGUCAAAAUGGGAUCAUACAAGGAUACAAGAUAUAUUACUGGGAGGCAGACAGUCGGAAUGAAACUGAAAACAUGAAGGUCCUUUUUCUCCCAGAGACAAUGGUCAAGCUGAAAAACCUGACUAGUCACACCAAAUACCUGGUCAGCAUAUCUGCCUUCAAUGCAGCUGGAGAUGGGCCCAAGAGCGAACCCAGACAGGGGAGAACACAGCAAGCUGCACCUGGUGCUCCCAGUUUCCUGGCAUUCUCAGAAAUAACUUCUACUACUCUUAACAUUUCUUGGGGAGAGCCAGUAGCAGCAAAUGGUGUCCUACAGGGUUAUCGAGUGGUUUAUGAGCCCUUAGCACCUGUCCAAGGAGUAAGCAAAGUGGUGACUGUGGACAUUAAAGGAAAUUGGCAACGCUGGUUGAAGGUGAGGGAUCUCACAAAAGGAGUAACCUACUUCUUCCGAGUGCAGGCGCGCACCAUCGCCUAUGGACCUGGACUACAGGCCAACAUCACAGCUGGCCCGGCAGAGGGAUCUCCUGGUUCUCCUCGAGAUGUUUUGGUUACAAAAUCAGCUUCUGAACUAACUCUGCAAUGGACAGAGGGAAAUUCUGGAGACAGACCUACAACAGGCUACAUCAUAGAGGCACGACCUUCAGAUGAAGGACUAUGGGAUAUGUUUGUGAAGGAUAUCCCCCGAAGUGCUACAUCCUACACUGUCAGCUUGGACAAACUCCGGCAGGGGGUGACUUAUGAAUUCCGAGUGGUGGCAGUAAAUGAUUUUGGCUAUGGAGAGCCUAGCAGUCCCUCUGUAGCUAUAUCAGCCCAAUCGGAAACUCCAUUCUAUGAGGAGUGGUGGUUUCUUCUGGUGAUGGCCCUUUCAAGUCUGAUACUCAUCCUGCUCAUUGUGUUUGCCUUGGUCUUGCACGGGCAGAAUAAGAAGUACAGGAACUGCAACACAGGAAAAAGCAUCUCCAAUAUGGAGGAAUCAGUUACUCUGGAUAAUGGAGGAUUUGCUGCCCUGGAGCUAAACAGCCGCCAUCUCAAUGUCAAGAGCACUUUCUCCAAGAAGAAUGGCACCAGAUCCCCUCCUCGACCAAGUCCUGGCGGUCUACAUUAUUCUGACGAGGAUAUCUGCAACAAGUACAAUGGAGCAGUGCUAACUGAGAGUGCGAAUUUGAAGGAGAAAUCUGUAGAUGCAUCUGAAUCUGAGGCCACAGACUCCGAUUAUGAAGACGAACUGCCGAAGCAUUCCUUUGUUAACCAUUACAUGAGCGACCCUACCUACUAUAACUCCUGGAAGCGCCAGACGAAGGGGGUAAAGCACCCUGCUGCAUACAGAUAUGAAGAGUGUGCAGCCAAUGAGACUGAACCCUACUUCCAGACUGUCAUCACCACACAGAGUGCAGGGGGUGUGUACACCCCAACAGGACAACAGGCCCCAGGUUCUCGGACUCCAGUUACAGGUUUCUCUUCAUUCGUCUGACACUCUAAAGGCUACGUACAGCACAGUGGGAACUCCCGCCAACAUUGGGGUGACCCAGCACAACAUCUGGGUGGGUGGCUGGUGCAGUGAACUGUGGGUAAAUUUCUCUAUCAGGGUAGAAUGGAUGCGAACGUUAAUAAGUCUAUUUUUUUGAAGACAAUCAACUCCGACAACAGAGCUGAAGUUUCGUUUAAAAACAAUUUCUGAUAAGUGACGACUUUAAGCACUUGUGAAUAGUAGGAUUUCAGUUGGAAGGUUUUUUUGUUGCUUUUUGUAAUACCACUGCAAGAAGCAGCUGCCUUUUCCUUUUCUUUUUUUUUUUCUUUUCUUUUUAAGAGAAGGCAUAUUUCAUUGGUGCAGUGGCUUGGCACCUUUGAGACUUCAAAAGAUUUAAAAACUUUCCAUUUCUCCAUCUUAAAGGCCAGGUAGGAAUGAUGAAGUGUGAAAAGAGGAUGGAGCUGUGUGUGAAAUAUUAGGAUGGACUCCUAGCCUACUGCUUUCUCCUUUCUACCUCCUCUGUAGGAGAAGAAGCCUGUUCACAUGAUUCUCCAUGGUACGACAACCUUGGUUCACUCUUGGUGUUUUGAUAAUGAAUAUUUUCUCUGUGCUCACUUUUGACAUUCCUUUCUCCCCUCCCUAACCCCAUCCAUUCCUAAAAUACUUGCACUUGGCAGUUUCUAGCAGAGAAAACAUUUGAAAGCUCUGUUCCUGGCAUGAGAUAAUACAAAUGGAAAGUCAUUCCAAGGUGGUAUCAUUUUGGCCCUGUUGUGGGUCAGGUCCUCCCCUGCAUGGGCCAUCCCAGUGGUAAUUUAACAAACAAGCAAACAAAGGCCACAUAAUGGUAUGGGAAACAUGACCUGAGGUUGGUUGGUAACCACCCAAUCAUGGGAGCUUAUGAAACUGCUUCCAUCCCACAGAGGCAAAAAGUAUGCAGCCUUCCCUUGCUAAACCAGGCAGAAAGACAACAUUUCCAGAAUUGCCUGGGACUUGAGGAGGAGUCCAAGAGGGUUUUUUAAAAACCUUUUUUUUUUUAUAUGUCACACUAAAUGAGUGAGUCUUUGGUGUUUCCA